CCCAGGCUUUGACCACAACCGCCGGCGUAGUCGGGCCGUACUCUACCAGUUGUCUGGCCACUUGCAGAAACAGGACAAGAGCAAGCUCGAUCAACAACAGUAUGUUUGGGGCGACCACCAACCCCAUCCCUGAGUACAAGGUGGCUGCCACCCCAAAGUCUCGCUUCAUCCUGCUACACUAUGGGACCUUCAAGGCGGGCUGGGAUUGGCUGAUCCUCCUGGCCACUUUCUAUGUGGCCAUCACCGUGCCCUAUAACGUUUGCUUCACCGUGGUGGAGGGGCGGGACGAGGGGGGCGGCUCUGGGGCUCGCAACCCCCCCAGUUACAGCGACAUCUUGGUGGAGAUUCUGUUCAUCAUUGACAUUGCACUGAACUUCCGCACCACCUAUGUGAGUACGACUGGUCAGGUGGUUUAUGAAGCCCGCUCUAUCUUUGUACACUACGCCACCUCCUGGCUGUUUGUUGACCUGAUCGCCGCCCUGCCCUUUGACCUGCUCUACGCCUUCAAUAUCAGCGUGUACUUUGGGGUCCACCUGCUGAAGACAGUGCGGUUACUGCGUCUCCUGAGGCUGCUCCAGAAGCUGGAGCGUUACUCUGAGUACAGCGCCGUGGUUCUCACCCUGCUCAUGUCUACUUUCGCCCUGCUGGCCCACUGGAUGGCCUGCGUCUGGUACUUCAUCGGACGCAAGGAGAUCGAGAGCAACAGCCUGAGCUCCUGGGAUAAUGGCUGGCUUCAUGAACUGGCAAAACGUCUCGACACCCCUUACUUCCUGUCACCUUUAACCUCGUUCCUUGGAGUCACUGAUUCGCUGCACACUUCUAGAACGAAUGGGUUGGCAGCCAAUUACAAUCACUGGAACACAUCAGGGUCAGAGCCGAUUGGACAGGAUUUCUCUUCCUCCUUCAGCUCCGGCCAAUGGAACGUCAGCGAGGCGGGGCGGAGCCAGGUGAAUGGCUCAGGGGCCUCGGGGGCGGCGCUAGGAGGCGGGCCGUCAGUGAGGAGCUCCUACGUGACGUCUCUUUACUUCGCUCUGAGCAGUCUGACCAGCGUGGGCUUCGGAAACGUCUCAGCCAACACCGACUCAGAGAAGAUCUUCUCCAUCUGCACCAUGCUCAUAGGAGCCCUGAUGCAUGCUGUGGUAUUCGGUAACGUGACAGCCAUCAUCCAGAGGAUGUACUCUCGGCGCUCCCUCUACCACACACGUACCAAGGACCUGAAGGACUUCAUCCGGGUCCACGGGCUGCCCAAGGCCCUGGAACAACGCAUGAUGGAGUGCUUCCAGACCACCUGGUCUGUCAACAACGGCAUCGACGUCAGCGAGCUGUUGAAAGACUUCCCAGAUGAGUUGAGGGCAGACAUCGCCAUGCACCUGAACAAGGAGCUCCUGCAGCUGUCUCUGUUUGAGUCGGCCAGUAGGGGGUGUCUGCGCUCCCUGUCCCUCAUCAUAAAGACAUCGUUCUGCGCCCCGGGGGAGUAUCUCAUCCGCCAGGGAGACGCCCUGCAGGCCAUCUACUUUGUCUGCUCUGGGUCCAUGGAGGUGCUGAAGGACAACACGGUGUUGGCUAUACUGGGUCGUGGGGACCUAAUCGGCUCUGACUUCCUGACCAAGGAGCAGGUGAUCAAGACCAAUGCCAAUGUGAAGGCCCUGACUUACUGUGACCUGCAGUACAUCAGUCUGAAGGGGCUCAGAGAGGUGCUCUGGCUCUACCCAGAGUACGCCCAGAAGUUCAUCACUGAGAUACAACAUGAUCUGACUUACAAUCUGAGAGAGGGGCAUACGGCUGAGGUGAUUAGUAGACACACAGAACAGAAC